CAGUGAACAAGAAUAAGCAGCUAGCUAGCAAGAUCACACAAACCCACGUUUUCCCUCCAGUGUAGGGUGUGGCAGGAGUCGAACUAUUCAGUCGGAGUCUUGUCCUCAUCACCCCUCCGUCGCAGUACAGAAUGGCGUCUCCACUAGCAAGGCAUUUCAGCAGGAUUUUCCAAUUAACGUUACAUGUCCAAAGAAAACCUGUUACGUUUUCCGGAGUGAGACACAAGUCGUCUACAGUGCAGUAUGCAGCACGCCCUGACCUGCCGAAGCUGGCUUAUAGAAAAGUGAAGGGGAAGAGCCCAGGUGUAGUCUUCUUGCCAGGGUUUGCCUCUAACAUGGGGGGAAAGAAAGCAGAAGCCCUUGAGGAGUUCUGCCAAUCACUAGGCCACUCUUACCUAAGGUUUGACUAUACAGGCUGUGGGUCAUCUGAAGGUGAGAUGGUAGACGGCACUGUCGGCACCUGGAAGAGGGAUGUUCUAUAUGUAUUGGACGAGCUUGUGGAGGGGCCACAAAUUCUGGUUGGCUCUAGUAUGGGCGGCUGGCUGAUGUGCCUGGCAGCCAUAGCUCGUCCAGAAAGAACUGCGGCCAUGGUUGGCAUCUCUACAGCAGCUGACCACUUUGUAACUGUCUUCAAUACACUUCCUAUUGAGGCGAGGAAGGAGAUUGAAGAGAAGGGGCAGUGGGUGGUUCCUACCAAACACAACGAGGAGGGCUCCAUCACGUUCACCACAGAGUUCCUGAAGGAGGCAGAGCAGCACUGUGUUCUGCAGAGCCCCAUUCCAGUGACCUGCCCGGUGAGGCUCAUCCAUGGGAUGAAGGACCAGGAUGUGCCCUGGCACAUCUCCAUGCAGCUAGCCGAGCGUGUGCUGAGCAACGACGUUGACGUCAUCUUGCGCAAGCAUGGCCAGCACCGCAUGGCUGAAAAGGAGGACAUCAAGCUCAUAGUCUACACCAUCGAUGACCUAAUAGACAAGCUGACCACUUUGGUUUGAUUGGCCAAAACUGGACCAUGCUAUGGGUGACACCUCCCACCCCGAUCCCAACUUUCCUGCACUAGGACUGCUGUUCCUGAUGCGUUACAAAAUCGAGGUGCUACUUUACAAAAUACAUACUGUGAAGAAAAGGAGCUCUUACACUUUCUCCUGGCUCUCUCUAUAGAUAGCUUUUGUUAGGAUUUUUAUUUACUGGUGCCAUGCCACUUUGUUCACACUUCUCCCGAACUUAUUGGGAUUUCUGUGUAGUUUUUAUUUUUUAUUCUCACAAUGUGGUUUGAUAGUGAUUUGGUUAAACCGUUAAUGACUGGGCUCACUCCUAUUACAAUAGCACAUCAGGUCCAGGUGUGUUACGUCCACCUGUGAGCAAACAUUUAUUUUCUUCCACUGUCAAUUUUACUCCGAACAAAUACAAGUGUAAUGGGCAGUUUGUGCCUUUAUGUAUGCAUGUGCACUUAAAGACCAGUAGGAGGCAGCAAAUGUCACUAGUAUUUUAGGCACUUCGCUAUGUAACAUGUCUCCAGCAGAAUAGAUUUCUAGGAGGGGGGGGGUUGUCUGUGAAGAGAUCAGUUGGCAAAAUUACUUCAACUGUACUGUAUGAUUCUCAUGCUGAUUUCCAUGCACUGCUCAUUUCCCAUGCUGUCCGUAUUUGCGCUUUUGGUUCCAUUGCUGAAAGAACAUAUCUAUUUUCGUAUUGAUUUGUCCGUGCCAUUUGACUUUGCACACAAGGUCAGAACAGCAUAUUGACUGCAUGACAACUCAUGUAUGAAGAACUUUAUGUAGAUUCAACUUAUGUUACUUUCAAUGUUGGCUCAGUUCAUAUGGGUUUUGUUGCUAGUGGGUCCUAUUCCAAAAUGACACAGAUUUCAAAGAAACGAUUGAACAGUAGCAUCAUGAGAUGUUAGCCUGGUUUGAGUGACUGGCACAAAAGCACGUUUUUGGGGAGUUGUUAGGUGAAAAACAUUGCCAUGUAGGGAGCAGCCCAUGUUUAGAUUUUCCUGUUUAGUAUAGUAAACAUAAUGUUUUGCUGGUUAAAGCCAGGUUUUUCUGGUUGGUUUGCAACAUCUCACAACCUAGAUCCUAAAUGUUUAAUCUUGUGAACUAAGUUUAUUUAUGCCAUGUUCCAUAUCACAGUUAAAUGUUUAUAGGUGAUAUCACUAUGUGGCAGAAUUGAUGGGCUAGUUCACCGAAACACUGGUCAUAUCUGUUUAUUGAUGAUAACAAGCAAUACAUUUACAUUACAUUUAAGUCAUUUAGCAGACGCUCUUAUCCAGAGCGACAAUACCAUCGGACGCUUAUGCCAAUAAAUAAAGUAACAAUG